GUUUAUCUUACAGCUAGUUGAAAUUGAUGAAGCACUAAUAAUUGUUAAUAUUAAAAUUUAUUGCAACAUUUUUGAAAAUAAAACAAUUUUUAACAUUCAGUUAUUAAUAAUUACGCCUUAUAAUUAAAAUAAAAAAUUUAAUUGAUAACAUUAAAAAGUUAUGUUUUAAGGAACAGUUAUCCUCAUAGUUUUUCAAUGCCAGGAAAUGAUAAUAUGAUACCUAUUCCAAAUAAUACUGAUGUUGUUUGUUAUUAUGUAACUAAACAUUCUUGGAGGGGCAAGUACAAACGUAUUUUUGGUAUUGGUACUCAUGGAAUUACGACAUAUAACCCAAAUAGCCUAGAAAUAACUAACCGUUAUGCUUAUAACCAAAUUAUUUCAAUACAAGUUGAUUCACAGAAUACAGGAGGUUUCCUAUUGUCUGUUAAGGACAAAAAUAAAGUUGAUAAAUUCAAAUUUUCCUCUGAUGUACGGUCAAAUUUAUUAACUGAUGCUCUCAAAUUUAGGUAUCAGUUUGCUGAGCGUAGUCAAGAUGAUACAUUUAGGUAUGAAGCUUCUAAGCAUCAUUGGUCAGAUACUCGUUUGCCAGUUACUAUAAAUGUCACUCCUAUAUCAAUUGAUCAAUUGGAUACUGCUACUGCUCAAAUUCUUGCUAGUUAUUUUUACAAAGAUAUAGAAGCCAUUCAAAAUGUUGAAGAUAUACCAGGAGGUUUUGUUAUCAUAUCACGUCCAUAUGGAAGAAUGCAUUUAUUUAUAAGUUCAUCUAAAGAAGAUAUACUUCAAAAAGUUAAAGAAAAAGCUAUAAUUUAUUUACAAAUAUCCAUUGAGUUUUUCCGGCAUAAUAUUAAUCAAGAUGAGUUCUUAGCGAAACGUUUAGGCCGAUAUAGUUCAGAUGAACAUGUAACAUCAGUAUGUGAGUUCCAAGUAAAAAAAAUAGGUGUACCUAGACAUCAAGAAUCACCACAACGGAGAUUACUUUGUCUGAGUGAAGUAUGUCUUUUGGAAAGAGAUCCUCAAACAUAUACUGUUGUUACUUUGAGACCUUUAUCAUCAGUAUUUGCACUUAUUCGUGAUCCAAUUGAUGCUCAACAAUUCUGUGUUGAAUACUCAGAUUCUUCUUGUCGUUCUUAUGCUACUACUAAUAGGGAUUCACUUUUAGCUACUUUGUUGGAUAGUGUACGAUCUUCUGGUAAUCAUCAUGUACAUGUAAAAAUAUCUCCAACUCCUCGAGAUAAAAGACUUAUACCUUUUAAUAUAACGCCAGAUCAAGAAAUUGAGUCUAAUCAUUUAAAAUGUAUUAAAGAGCCUCCAGUAAAAAAAACUUUCUCUGAUGUCUUAGAUAGAUUCAAUGCAAAUGUUGAAUACAGUGGCUUAAUACAUUCUGUAUCAGAAGAUAAAUUGUUUACUGAAAAUAAAGAAAAACUCAUUGUUAUGGCUCUUACAUCAAUUAUUGCACAUCAAGGUGACCAAAAUGAGAUUUCAGUUCAUGAAUUAGAAGCACAAUUCCAUGCACUUAGAAGAUUAUUUGCUACCAAAGCAGGGUUCUCUACUUUCAUUAUGUUACCCGAACUUAAAGACAAACUUGGUCGAAAAGUAACUCGGGCAUUAAAGCGAGAUAAUGAAGCCAUCACUCAUGCUGCUCUUGAUAUGAUUUGCACACUUAUGCAACCUAUGCAUCGAGACAGUGAUAUUAGGCAAGAACAACUAAAUAAAUCUUCUCUUUUAGCUACCCCAAGUUUUUUAGAAUCAUUACUUGACAUGUGGAUUGAACAUAUAAAACGAGGUACUGGAGCAUUAGUAGUUUCAGCUAUGUUGGAUGUCCUUACAUUUGCUCUAUGUGUUCCUUACAGCGAAACAACUGAUGGGACACAUUUUGAUACAUUAUUAGCAUUAGUUGCUAAGCGUGGACGUUACUUAUUUCAACUUUUUCAGCAUCCUUCAUUAACUGUGGUAAAAGGAGCUGGAUUAGUAAUGAGAGCAAUUAUUGAAGAAGGUGAUUCGGAAAUUUCAUCUCGUAUGCAAGAGUUAGCAUUAGCUGAAGCAGCAUUACCUAAUCAUUUGUUAACUGCAUUAUUUACACGUGAUGAUAAUAGGCGAAUGUUAGUUCAUAGACAAUUGUCUAGACAUUUAGUUGGUCUUUGGGUUACUAAUAACUCUAUUGCUAUGGAUUUACUUUCUCGGAUAAUGCCAAAAGGUCUUAUAGGAUUUUUAGAAUCAAAAGAAACCGUAGAUUAUGUUGAAAAUGAAGAUCCUCUAAUUACCCGAGAUAAUCUUAAACUAGCUCAAGAUCAUGCAGCAAAAAAUCAGCGGAAUCCACAUUUAGUAGCUUUAGAAAGAAAGUUUCGCACAUUCGAAAAAGAAGUUGAAAUAGCAUUGGGUCAUUGGGGUGCUUCAUUAGGCUUAGAAAAAAAAGAAGAUAAAUUACAAGCUAGACCAAUUGUUUUAAGAAAACGUAGGGAAAGAAUAAAAAGUAUUGCUAAUUGGAAGUUAUUCUAUUUUAAGUUCAAUCAAAACCAUUCUUCGCCAAGUUUGUUGUGGAAUCAUCAGACUCGUGAAGAACUUCAUGACACUUUAAAAAAAGAAAUUCAAAUGUUUAAUUGUGACAGACAAUUAACUACUAAUAGUUUAAUUGCUUGGAAUCAUGAUGAAUUUGAAGUAACUUAUCCAAGUUUACAAGAUGAAGUUUGUAUUGAUGGAUAUUAUUUAAGAUUACUUUUAGAUGAUAAUGCAGAGUUUGCUAUAAAAAAUCCAUUUCGAUUUUUUUAUGAUUUAUAUCACCGAUUUUUAUUAGCUUUAAAAAUAGAAAUGAAGUGCCUAUGUUUGCAUGCAAUGACGGUAAUUUAUGGUCAGUAUUAUAAAGAAAUUGGAACUUUUACUGACACAAAAUAUAUUCUAGUAAAAUUAGAAAAGACUGUCGAGAAAUUUGAAAGAGAUCGGUUACUUCUAUUUUUGAGUAAACUUAUAUUAAAUAAACAAAAUGUUAAAAAUAUCAUAGAAUGUAAAGGUGUACCAGUUCUUGUUGACUUAUUAACACUAGCUCAUUUACAUACAACUAGAGCAGUAGUUCCUACUCAAACUAAUGUUAUAGAAGCUGGACAUAAUAUGUUACAAGAUAAUGAAAAACAAUGGUAUUACAGUGUUGGUGGAAAUAGUGACAAAACAAAUGGGCCUUUAACAUUUAAAGAGAUGCAAGAUUUAUACAAAAAUGGUGUUAUUAAGCCUAUUACAAAAUGCUGGACCCAAGGUUUAGAAGGUUGGAAACCUCUACAUAAAUUGUGUCAAUUUAAGUGGACUUUAAUAGCUAAAGAUCAAGGUUAUAUGAAUGAAAGUGAUUUGGCAUCUUUAAUUUUAUCAAUGUUGAUAAAAAUGUGCCAAUAUUAUCCAAGCAGGGAUAAUGAUGGUGCAAUCAUAUGGCCAAUAGCACGUAUUAGAAGAGUAUUAGCUGAUCAAAUUAAUCUACCACAUAUAGUUCAAUUGUUAUUAACAUUUGAUCCUAUUCUUGUUGAAAAAGUUGCAGCAUUACUUUGUGAAAUAGCAUCUGACAACCCUAAUGCUGCGAAAUUAUAUAUGACUGGUGUAUUUUUUUUCUUACUUAUGUAUACAGGAUCCAAUAUACUACCAAUUGCACGAUUUUUCCGUCUUACUCAUACAUGUCAAGCUUUUCGAAGUGAAGAAAUACAAAUUGGAGAAUUAAUGCAAAGAAGUGUUCUUGGACCAUUAUUACCAGAAGCUAUGGUAUAUUAUUUAGAAAACCAUGGCCCUGAAAAAUUUGCUCAAAUUUUUCUAGGAGAAUUUGAUACUCCUGAAGCAAUAUGGAAUGCUGAAAUGAGACGAUUGUUAAUUGAAAAGAUUGCUGGUCAUAUUGCUGAUUUUACACCUAAACUUAGAGGAAAUAACAGAGCAAUCUAUCAGUAUUGUGCUAUACCAGCUGUGCGGUAUCCUCAAUUACAAUCUGAAUUAUUUUGUAAUAUUUUUUAUUUACGACAUUUGUGUGAUGUACAAAGAUUUCCUAAUUGGCCAAUUAAUGAUCCUAUAGCUCUAUUAAAAGAUGUGCUUGAAGCAUGGAAAAAUGAAGUUGAGAAAAAACCUCCCAUAAUGACUGUAGAUGACGCUUUUGAAUCUUUAGGAUUAGAGCGAGGAUGUCAGUAUGAUGAAACAACUACUAGAAAAGCAUAUUAUAGAAUAGCGCAAGUGAAUCAUCCUGAUAAAAAUCCUAAAGGACGAGAAAUAUUUGUAGCUGCCAACAGAGCAUAUGAUUUUCUUUGUAGUAGAAGCUCAUGGGGGCACAAUGGACCUAAUCCUAAUAAUAUUCUUUUGAUACUUCAAACUCAAAGUAUUUUAUUUGAUCGUUAUUCAAAACAACUUGAAAGCUAUAAAUAUGCUGGAUACAAACAAUUAGUUAAAACCAUUAGAUUAGAAGCUAGUGAUGAGCAAUUAUUUUCCAAAGGUAAUAUGUUAUUAGCAGCUGCUAGUGAGUUAACAUACCAUACAGUAAAAUGCUCUGCAUUAAAUGCGGAAGAACUUAAUCGAGAGCAUGGAUUUGUUGAUUUAUUAGGAGCAUAUUCUAGAUGUGUUUCAGUUCUUAAUAAGUCAUCAAGGCAAACAGAAAUGUCAGUAGCUGUUUGUAUUAAUUGCACUCGAUGUUUCAAAGUAGCCUCUCAAUUUGCCAUGUGUCGUGAUACAUUUUCUCAAAUGGAAAUACUUGUUAAUGAUAUUACUAGAAUAUUAUUUUUUAAGAAUUUAUCAAAGUUAUGUUGUGAUGCUGUGGAGUGUAUUUAUGCUAUGGCCUCAAAUUCUAUUCUUCAGAGUAGCUUUUUAGAAAAAGGGGCUGUGUGGUAUUUACUAUCUUAUAUGUUUUUAUAUGAUUAUACAUUAGAAGAAUGUGGUGUUGAGCGUUCAGAAGAAGCAAACAAUCAGGAAGUACUAAAUAGUUUAGCCAAAUUGUCAGUUCAAGCUUGUGCUAGACUAGGUGGUUAUUACAAUGGUGAUUUAGCUACUCCAGAAAAUACCAUUGCUAAGUCUAUAUUUGAAAAGCUUCUUACGCCAUAUAUUGCUGAACAACUUUCUGAUGAAAAUCCUCAUGAGCUUUUAAAAACACUUGGUAGCAAUUGUGAGACACCAUAUCUGGUCUGGGAUAAUAGUACAAGAGCAGAACUUAAUGAUUUUUUAGAUACAAUGUGUAAUAAUAAAGAAAUAAUUAAUUUAGAAAAAGUUGGUUUAACAUUUUCUAGUCAUCAAAAUGAAUUAAUUGUUGGAAAUAUAUUUAUCAGAGUCUUUAAUGAACAACCUCAUUUUAAUAUUAAGAAUUCAAAAAAAUUUUUAACUGAUCUCUUAGUAUACAUCAAAGCAAAUAAUCCUUUAAACAACAUCUUAGCUGAAAAUAAAAUGAUUCAUUUUAAAAUGGUGUUAAUUGCCUUAAAUAAUUUAGUUCUUAAUAAUCCAAAUUUAGAAGUGAACUGUAUCGGUUAUUUUGAUUUAAUAUUCAACUUGCUAAAUGUAGAUAGUGCUUCAGUUCAAAAUUGUGUUUUGAAUAUAAUAUCAACAAUAACUAAAAAUAAUGAAUGUGUAACAGAUAUUGCAAAUUCAGGAGUAGUUGUUUAUUUGCUUAUUUGUCUUUAUUUGGUUCCAUCAGACAGAUUAAUAAUCUUGGAUAUUUUAAUAACUUUGUCUACAUCGUCUACAGUAGUGAAAGAUAUUUUAAAUAAAGGAGGAUACUUAUUUAUUGUUGAUUUGUUAUGUAAUGGUGAUAAUGAUUCAGGCUUAAGAGAUAGAAGUGCUAUACUUCUAAGUCGUUUAAUGACGGAAAAACUAAGUGGCCCAAGAUUACGUUUGGCAUUAGCUCAAAUUUUACCAUUAGCAAUUAUAGACACAAUGCGAGAUUUACCAUCAUCUACAGUACAUUUAUUAGACAAUGAUCAAGAAAAUCCUGAACUUGUGUGGAAUGAAAAAACAAGAAAAUUUAUUUUUGGAAGCAUCAAUAGGAUAUCAAAAGAACAUUACAUUAUAAUAAAAAAAAAUCCUAAAAGUGCUAUCAAACUACCAGAUACUAGUCUACUUGUAUCAUCACCAUCAAAUGAAACAAUUGUUGCUGGAGUGUAUCUAAGACUUUUUAAUAAUAAUCCAGGUUGGAAUGUAAGAAGACCUAAAGAAUUCUUAUCAGAACUUUUGGAUACUUGUAUAAGUUCAAUGACAAAAGAAAAAAAUGAUCAGUUGGAAAUCGUAACAACUUCAAUUGUGAAACUCUUGGAAGCACAACCACAUCUUAGUGACCAAAUUCCAGCAUUAGGCCAUAUUCCUAAACUUUGUUUUCAGUUAUCAUUAUUAUCGAAUCCCGAUGUUCCAAGAUCAGUUCUUAUGAUAUUACAUCAGCUUUCAUUAAAUGAGAUAUGUGUUGGAUGUAUAUCACAAAUUGAAUGCAUAGCUCCAAUAAAAAAAGCCAUGCAAGUUCAUUCCAAUUUAGUUUGUGUAUCAUCUGAAACCCUAAGUAGAAUGUUUGCUGCUAGAAAAGACUACCUCGUAAAACAAGCUUUAGAUGCAGAUUUAAUAACAUUUUUAGUUGGAUUAUUAGAUGGUAGGUUAGAUGGUAUUGAUGGGAAUACUAGAGCUAAAGCACAAAUAGUGAAAGCAUUAAAAACUAUGUCUAUGAAUAUAUCAUAUGGAAGUUUAGUACAAGCACAGUUAAAUAAACUUCCAGCUUGGUCAGCUUAUAAAGAUCAAAAUCAUGAUCUUUUCAUAUCUAAUUCUCCAUCUGUUCCUUAUUUGAUGGGAGUUCAAAGUACAGGUGGAUACUUAACAGAAGGGAGAUCCGACACAACGACAAGUAAUGUGCCUCCACCAUUGUUAAAAAGAGACUUCUCUCCUUAUUAAAUAACAUUAUUGAUACCAUAAAUUUUGUAUUUUUUAAAAUUAAGAA